GCAAAGUAAUGGCACUGUUACGCCAAUAUCAAAUGGAUCUAUCAAGCCAGGAAAUGGAUUUGAUUUAACACACCAUGAUGCAUUUACUACUAUCGAUGGUCAACAUGUAAUUGUCUAUCAAUGUUUAAACAAUAAUCCCAAUAUAGCUCCGUUUGGGACGAAUUUUUCAGAUUUUUCUUUAUUUUAUAAUUAUAAUGCACCCCGAUACUUAAUGUAUGCUCAACUUAUAAAAAAAGACGACCAAUCUGAGGAAUUUUUAUUAUACAUAAGUUACGAUGUUGCAAUAACUUCUGAUGGGCCGGGCGAAAUCACAUGCAAACCCUGGUUUCAUUCACUCAAUUUUCAAAGCAAUAUUUGCAGUUAUAUUGAAAGUGCAGAAUACCAAACAUCAAAAUACACUAAAUUCAUGAAAUUCAUAAAAUUUUCAUCAUCCGGAUCAGUUAUUGGCGUAGACACUCUUAAUGUAAGCGACGAACUUAGCUACCGCCAAAAAAUGCAAAAAAACUUAACCAUUCCGUUGCCAUAUGGUGGUGCAAUUGUAUUUUACACUGACUCUAGCCCUUCCAAACCAUUGCCAAACAUGCCAAACAAUACAUUCAAAGUGCUAACAUUUGAUUUAGAUACUAUGGUCAAUGGUUAUUUAUUGUAUAAUAAUACUUCAAAUACUUUAAGGUUGGAUUUGGGAGACUAUGGUGUUUUUAGUGAUAAUACUAUAUGGUUUAUACAGAAAAAUUCGGCCUAUAAAGCCCUUUUACGUUUAAACCAUGAUGGUGCUUCCUAUUUUUCAAGUAAUCAGUCACAAUUGCUUGAUGAUUUGCUACAGCAAAUAAAAGAUUGCAUUCCUUUAAUGAAUGAUCAAUUGAAAAUAACACACAAUGUUCAAUCAGACCCCUCAGAUCCCUUCAUGCUUCUAAUCGAAUUUUCUAUUGAUAAAGCAGCUGAUCCUAGAGUGGUUGAUGAUUUAGAUAUUAUCAUAAAGUCCAAAUACAUUAGUGCUCUUUCUGAUAAACCAUUCAUGACAUUUAUUGAUGAACAAUAUGGAUUCCAA